AUGCCAUCAGAGCCGGCCAAGAAGAUCUCAGUCGCAUGGCUGGAGUCAUUCAUCGGCAAGCUCCAAGCGGCGCCGAGCCCGGAGCGGGAUAAUCUGCUAAAGACCGUCUCCUUCGGGGACCACCUCUCAGCCCCGGAGCCAGCCUCAGUGGUGAAUGUGAGCGAAGAGAAGAACCCCGAGCCAGCUAGAGGCAGCAGCGAGAAUCUUCAGGUCGACCUCGAGGGUUCGCUCAUUUACCAUGGUGCGACGAGUAUCUAUCGCGCGCAUCUUGGGGUGCCAGCACGGGGCAACGCCUCACCCUCACGGGAGCUCUCUGCAAACUAUGUCGUCGGCCCCGACUCAAAUUUCGAGCAUGUGGCGGAGCAUUUCGGGAUCAACUUAAACGACGAGCUCGUUGAUGACGCAUUGAUGCAGUUUUUCAAAUGGCAGUACCCGCACUUCAUGUUUAUUUAUCGUGAAGCCUUCUUGAGGGACCACUUUGGUGACCGGACUCGCGGCAAGUAUUGGUCGUCGGCUUUGCUCCUGUCUAUCUGUGCCCUGGGGACACUCAUGUCACCAGAGAAGCGCCACAGAAAUGCGAGUGAACAGUUCUUCUCCGCUGCCGAGAGCAUACUUAUCGUCUCCGGCUUCACGAAACCUUCCAUCGUCACCGUACAGGGCUUCCUCUGCCUGGCGUUCUACGAGAUUGGAAGGGGGAAUCUCUCAAAGGGAUGGGGCUUCUCAGCUACCGUGGAAGAUUUGGAGAUUCGCAGGCGCAUCUUCUGGGGAUGCUACACUUCUGAUAAGUUGAUCAGUCUGAUCCUUGGACGAUCAGUGUACCUUUUCUACGAUGACGCAGAAGUCGAAACCACCAACAGGCUCCCGUAG